AUGUCGACCCAAUUCACCAUCACCGACCUCCUGCCUCUCCCCAAUUCAUCCGUUAGGAUACCCCGCCUUGGCUUCGGGGUCUAUCGCUCUCCUACCCGCCAAUGUGUCCAGUCAUGCCUGACAGCCCUCCAAGCAGGAUACAGAAAUAUCGACACUGCUCAAUUCUACGCCAAUGAGCAGGAGGUCGGCGAGGCUCUCCGCACAAGCGGCAUCCCUCGGAGCGACGUCUUCGUAACCACCAAGAUCCUGAGCCCUGCGGGCUCGCCCGAGGCUACCUACAAGAAGCUACUGGAAAGCGUCGAGAAGAUCGGUGGCGAGAACGGAUACGUUGAUUUGUUUCUAAUCCAUAGCUCCAGCUCUGGUUCGGCGGGUCGCAAGGAGCUCUGGCAGGCCCUGGAGAAGCUGCUGGAGGAGGGCAAGACGAAGAGUAUUGGGGUGAGCAACUUUGGGGUGAAGCACAUUGAGGAGAUGAAGGCGUAUGCCAAGGUCUGGCCGCCGCACGUGAAUCAGAUUGAGCUUCAUCCCUGGUGUCAACAGCGCGUAAUCGACGCAUACUGCAAGAGGAACGGUAUUGUUGUCGAGGCUUACUCCCCACUCGUGCGCAACUAUAAGGCCAAUGACCCGACACUGGUCGACCUCGCCAAGAAGUACGGAAAGACCACGGCGCAAGUUUUGAUCCGCUACGCGCUGCAGAAACACUGGGUUCCGCUGCCCAAGAGUGAUACCCCCGAGCGAAUCGAGGCGAAUACCAAGGUCUUCGAUUUCGAAAUCAGCGAAGAGGAUAUGGCAGUCUUGAACGCUCUCGACCAGGGAAGUGCCGGCGCCAUUGUGGAGGCGGUGGAGAAUGAGUAA